AUGGGGUUCAGUGAGAUGCCCACCAACAUCAUCGAGAGCUCCUUCUGGAACUUUGACUCUCUGUUCCAGCCCCAGCAGCACCCAGCCAGGGACCAGCACGACACCUUCUUCCUGUCCGACCCAGCCCUGGCCCACGAGUUCCCCAUGGACUACCUGGAGAGAGUCAGACAGGUCCACACCGAGGGAGGCUACGGGUCACAAGGGUACAAGUACGACUGGAAGCUGGAGGAGGCCCAGAAGAACAUCCUCCGCACACACACCACGGCGGUCAGCGCCCGCAUGCUGUAUAAACUGGCACAGCAGCAAAGCUUUCACCCCGUCAAAUACUUCUCCAUCGACAGAGUGUUCCGGAACGAGACGCUGGACGCCACGCACCUGGCGGAGUUCCAGAUCGAGGGCGUGGUGGCCGACUACAAUCUGACCCUGGGUGACCUCAUGGGCAUCCUGCAUCAGUUCUUCACCAAACUGGGAAUCACCAAAUUGCGCUUCAAACCGGCGUACAACCCCUACACUGAGCGUAUGGAAGUGUUCAGCUACCACGAAGGUCUGAAGAAGUGGGUGGAGGUGGGCAACUCGGGGGUGUUUCGGCCGGAGAUGCUGCUGCCCAUGGGGCUGCCUGAGGGCGUGUCCGUCAUCGCCUGGGGGCUCUCUCUGGAGAGGCCCACCAUGAUCAAGUACGGUAUCAACAACAUCCGUGAGCUGGUGGGACACAAGGUCAACCUACAGAUGGUCUACGACAGCCCCAUCUGUCGACUGGACUCCUAGAUUCUCAUCAGGCAUCUGUCCGGACAGGCCUUCUCCUCCAUUGCCACCUAUUGUACACCUCCAGGACCUGUCCCCUAUCAGGACCCUUAUGCUCUCUAGUAACUAUACCACAGACUCACUCAACAAACCCAUUCGAGUGCAUGUAAUCCGUGCUCGGGACACUGGCUGCCAGUUAGACAGAUUUGUCUGUCUGAGAGUGUGUUGGAAAAAGGACUUACUUUCUCUACGUCUAGAAUUGGAGCUGGACGCUUGCCAUUGUCUAAUCACUUGAUAAACACACAGGUUAUGCUUUGGAUUUUAAUUUAUUGAACAGUUACGUAAGACACCCUUGUGUACCAUUCACGGUCCUGUAUGCAUGUGCAGUGCACCAGUGCUGGUGUUAUGAACUCUGAUGAUUCUGAUGAACAUUAGUGAAAAAGGGACUUUGCCAUAAGACAAUUAUUUGAAUUAAACUGUCAUUAAACUCAACUGGAUCUACUUAGGUCCUUUUGUACCCCUCUCCUGUAAAAUGUUUGUACAUUGACAAAACAGGCUUUGGAACUCACCGCCCAUCCUACUGUCUUCUCGGCCCAUGUCAUGAUGAAAAGAUCAAAUAAACAUAUAACAAAGACAAGUAU